AUCGUAUAAUGAUGGACUAAAAACCUUUGUUGAGGUUUCUAUUAGCAGUUAUUGUCGACUGCAAUACUACUAUCGACUACUGGCUUCUAUCCUAUAACGAGAUGUAAUAUUGCUGUAAAUUGAAAAAAAAAAGAACUGAGAAGAGACGAAAAAAAUAUAUUGCGUUUAUGGUUCUGUGACGCAAUAACUGUCCGUAUGACGUGAUUGACGUGUGUUGGUUGUUUGAUGUUUGUGUAGUGUUUGUUAUGAUAAUGAGGAAUUACGUCAUAAUAAUAUGCAUUAGCAAGUUAAACAAGAGACGUCAUUAAUAAUCGUAGUUUCUAUGUGAACGCAAAUAUACUGUAUUUUGAUAAUAAAUAAAUUAUUUUAUUUGAUACUGCACUGAAUUCCUGAGUACAAUAUUCUUCAUUAGCAUCAGCACAAUAACAAUAACGGGAGUGAAAAUGAAGUUGUCUACGCCUAGAUAUACGUUUUGUUUAUUUUUCCAAGUCAUAUUCAUGCUUUGUGAUCUUUUAUUUAAUUGUGUAAGCUUAUUCCCCAGAAGCCGCGAUGGAUUACUUGUUCUAUUCAUAUUUCAAGACCUGUUCCUUGUACUCUCCAUCACAACGAUGUUAAUGACAUUCUUCUCAACUUAUUUGUUUCAAGCGGGUCUGGUGGAAGUGCUGGUGCGGAAGUUCCGAGCGGCAGGGUCGGUGUGCGUGGCGUACAUUAUCGCCAGUGUCGCGCUGCACGCUGCAUGGCUACUUGAGAAAUGGGCUGAACCCGAGUCAGUGUCUACUCCUUUGCUGAUUUGCUUGUUUACUCUACAGAGAUGCUUAUCACCAUGGUAUUACUUCUUUUACAAGAGAGCAGCCCUGAGGGUUAGUGACCCUCGUUUCUAUGAAGAUAUUGACUGGAUCAAUCAGCAAUUGCAAGCGCACUAGAAAUGAGGUUUCCCAGUGGGUGCAGACCGGUCUCGUAAUAUUGACAGAGUAUUGAUGUCUUAAUGAAAUGUUUUUAAAAUAUUCUUUUAGUAUUGUAAUGAUUGUAUGAUAUGUUAUUUUAUAUUUUUGUUAAAGGUAGUUUGUAGUGUUUGGCUAGACUAGUCUUUUAUGUCUACCGCAUCUAACUUCAAUCAAUUAUGAUUUGCAAAAAGUUAGGAUCAUUAUAAUGAUUGUUUGAUAAAAAUGAGGAGGUUCUCAAUUCAUUUGAAUAUUUUGUUUAUGAUGUUAUUAUAUUAAAACUUGUAUUGUCGUACCCUAUCUAUGUGAAAUAUGUUUAAAGUUCUGUAGUCUUGUACAUCAGCAACACAAAGUUAGUCAACAAAGUCGAUCUCGUUUGUAUCUAGUCAUGUAAAACUUAAGUUAUAUUACAUUAUAGGAGUUUAGGAAUAUAUUAAUAAAUUAUAACAACCAUCAUUUAAUA